AUGAGCAAUGCAAAGGGAACUAGGAACUACCACAAGAACUUCCAGGUGAAGAGGAGGAGAAGGCGCGAGGGGAAGACGGACUACAAGCACCGGACGAACAUGAUUCGGCAGGACUCGAACUCAUGCGGGUCUGUGAAGCACAGGCUGGUUGUGCGGAUAACAGGCAGCAGGGUUAUCUGCCAGAUUGUUGCGGCGUACAUGGACGGAGACAGGGUCAUGGUGUAUGCAGACUCGCGUGAGCUUGAAAGGUAUGGAAUCAACUUUGGGGCAACGAACUACUCUGCAGCAUAUGCGACUGGGUUCCUGAUUGGAAGAAGGGCGCUUACAGCGAUGUCUCUUGACGAGGUGUAUAGGCCGAAGGAGAUUGACGGCACGUACAGCGUCACCAAGGACAUUGAUGGGGAGAAGAAGGCGCCGAGGGUGUUUCUUGACAUUGGACUUGCAAGGUCGACGCGGGGGGCUCGAGUGUUUGGGGCCCUGAAGGGAGCAUCUGAUGCAGGCCUGAAUGUCCCACACAGUGCGGCGAAGUUCUAUGGACACAAGCCGGACGGGAGCUUUGACGCAAAGGAGCUGCAUGACAGGAUCUUUGGAUACAACAUCUCUGAGUACAUGAAGCAGCUUAGAGACGGAGACCCCGAGAAGUACAAGACUCAGUUUUCCAGUUACAUCAAAAAGGGCAUUGAUCCAGAGGAGAUUCCGCGAAUCUAUAAGAGUGCUUUUGACAAGAUUGCAGAGGACCCGACAAGAAAGAAGAAAGAGACAAAGGACUAUUCCGGGUUCAAGAAGUACAAGCAGGCAAGACUUACAUAUGAGGAGAGGGCGAAGAGGGUGCAGGCGAAGCUUUCUGCAGCUGAGGGCGAAUAA